CGCGGCGGCCUCCGCGGCGGGGCGCCGCUGGGCGCCGCGGGUGGGCGCGCCGCGGCGCGGGUCCUCCGCGGGCGGCCCCGGCGCGGCCGGGCGCGCCGAGAGCCUCCGCGGCGCCGCGGUCGUGGCAGGCCUCGGCUCGGCCUGGGUCCGAAGCGGCGGCGCGCUGCGUGGACCCCGCGGGCGGGCAGGCGACGGCGGGCCCCGGCGGGCGGCGCUGGCCGCCGUGGGGGGCAAGCCCGACAGGACGACCCUGUACACCAAGGCCGGCCCUGACGGGAGCUCCCUAGGCGACUGCCCCUUCUCGCACUCGGUGCAGAUGGCCCUGAAACUGAAGGGGGUCGACUACGACGUCGUCCCGUGCACGGCCGACAGCAAGCCGCAGUGGCUGGUGGAGGAGGUGGGCGGCAAGAUGCCGUGCGUCUGCCAUCAGGGUGUGGCGCACGUGGAGACGUCCGAAAUCCUCGCGUGGAUCGAUUCCGAGUUCUCUGGGCCGAGCCUGGAGGUGCCCGAGAGGUUGAAGAAGGUGGCGGACGGCUUCUUUCCUGCUCUCGCCAGCUUCACCAAGAACACAGACCCGUCCAAGGACGACUCGCUGCGGCUGGACCUCCAGAUAGCCUUCACUCGCUUGCGGAACCACAUGCACAUGCAGCGCACCAAGUUCCUCUGCGGCGACGAGCCCACGCUGCUGGACUGCGACCUGCUCCCCAAGCUCUACGUGUUCGAGCAGGCCACCGCGAAGCUGAAGGGGUAUGGUUUUGAUGACUUCCCAGAAUUCGACGAGGUCCUGCAGUAUCCGAGCGGCCGGCGCCUGCCCGUCCUGCCGCCCCGGGUGGGCAGGUUGGCGUCCGGGUCCCUCGCGGGUGCGGCGCCCAUCUCGUCCGCAUGUCGGGAGGAGGGGAGACCCAGAGAUCUUCGCUUGUCAAAAAACCACGAUGGAAGGCCUCUGGCAAUUUUCGGCCUUUGGGACCCCCCGCCGGGCCUCGGGACCGCCAGAAAAUGACUUAGGGUGGAGAGCUGGUCGUGCGGAAGGGGUCGAGAUCUCCAGGGAUCAACGUUGAGAACAACAUCGCGACUGCGGAGUUCAGGGGAUAGAGAGAGA